CGCCAGGGGUUGGAUCAUGAACUGAAUAUCAACACAGAGUUAGCCUUCUACUGGUGGAAAUCGCAUGGUGUGAACUUAUCGCCCAAAAGUGCUUGAUCGCGAACGAUCACCCAUAGCACGGUAUUUUCUUGAUUUGUUGCACCCAGCAAUAGAAGCGCUCGUGUUGUAUUCCCUGCUAGGAAAAUUAGUUUUCGGCAUCGAUCUUGCAUUUGUCUGUAGGUGUCAUGAAUCCGUUCGAUGAUGGGUAAGUUCAUCGACCAUGAUCGUGUGUGCAUCUUCAUCAAUUCCUUUGCAUGAGCUAGUUGCCAUGUUUUAUAAGUUACUGUUGAUGAUCGCCAGCCGGAUCGCAAAAUGCAUUGUUUAUAUUUAUCACGUGACCAAGAUCAUCUAUGACUUGCGCGCUGGGGAACUUGGGGGCUGAUCUCCCACAAUUGCGACCAUCCCCAAAAAUGUCCUCUUCAGCACCCAAUACACCUCUGGCAGAGAAGAUACCAGUCGGCAUCCUGGGCGCCACUGGUACCGUUGGCCAGCGCUUCAUUCAACUUUUGGAAGGUCAUCCCUAUUUUGUCGUCGCAGCGGUUGGAGCUUCCGCACGUUCCGCCGGGAAAGCUUACAAGGAUGCUGCCGCUCGUUCCUGGAAACAAAUUACGGUUAUUCCUGCUGACGUAGCAUCCCUCAUCGUACAAACAUGCGAGCCGGAAAAUUUUAAGAACUGCCGUAUCGUUUUCUCUGGUCUAGACUCAGACGUGGCAGGGGACAUUGAAUCCGCUUUCCUUAAAGCUGACUUUGCUGUAUUCUCAAAUGCAAAGAACUAUCGCAUGGACCCUAUUGUUCCUCUCAUUGUUCCCCUCGUUAAUACAUCCCAUUUUGACGUCAUUGCACAUCAACGCAAGGUUCACGGACUGAGCAAAGGCUUCAUCAUCACAAACGCAAACUGCUCCACCACUGGUCUCGUCGUUCCAUUGAAGGCUCUCCAAGAUGCCUUUGGUCCACUCUCUCGCGUGGUUGUCACUACCAUGCAAGCGAUCUCCGGAGCUGGGUAUCCAGGUGUGCCGAGUUUGGAUAUCCUGGGUAAUGUUGUGCCGUACAUAUCCGGCGAAGAAGAGAAGAUAGAAAUCGAAUGCUCCAAAAUCCUCGGAGGGGUCACUGCAGAUUUAACUGGAUUCUCAAAUUUGCCAGAGAUGAAGGUGUCGGCAAGCUGCAACCGUGUCCCUGUCAUCGAUGGACAUAUGGAAAGCGUCAUGGUGGAGUUCCAAAAGUGCCCAGCACCAUCGAUCGAACAGAUCAUCGAGGCCCUACAAUCCUACACAUCGGAUGCACAGAAGUUGGGUGUCCCAUCGGCACCUGAACAUGCGGUCGUUGUGAUGAAAGAGGCUGAUCGACCGCAGCCACGAAUGGACAUAAUGAUCGGAAAUGGAAACACUGUCGCGGUUGGGCGGGUACGAAAGUGCAACAUCUUCGAUGUUAAGUUCUCGCUACUCUCCCACAACACCAUCUUGGGCGCUGCAGGAAGCAGUAUCAUGAAUGCCGAGGUAGCGGUAGCGAAGGGUCUCAUUUAAGCAAAUCGUAUACACUUGUCUAGAAGCGUUGUCCAUGACAAUUUUAAUAAACACUCGAAGUUUGUUUAUCUACA